CACUACCUGUUUUGAAGUUUGUAUAUUUGUUUCUCGUGUCCUGAUUUCUUUUUCGGUUUUCCGCUGACCGCAGCGAAAGUUCCUUGCUUGGAGGGGUUUUUAUCCACAGCUUCAGAAGUGGACAAGCCCAUCCAGAAGAUGGAACCGACGGACUAUAUGUCUGAGGCAACCUCAGAUUAUGAUCCAGAACUUUAUCCUCCACUCGAGUCUAAUGUGUGCGAGAUGGGGUCUGUUUCCACAAUUACGAAUAUGUUUACCAGCAUCCUGUAUUCUCUCAUCUUUUUCCUCAGCCUGCUAGGAAAUAGCCUUGUCUUGUGGGUCGUAAUGAAAUAUGAAAGCCUCACCUCCUUAACAAACCUCUUCAUCGUGAACCUUUGCAUCACUGACUUGGCAUUCUCUUGCACGCUCCCUUUCUGGAUUGUGUACAAUUAUUACGGGUGGAUUUUUGGCGAUUUCCUCUGCAAAGCUGUGACCGCCAUUUUCUCUAUCAGCUACUAUGGUGGUGUCAUCUUCCUAACCAUAAUGACAGUCCUCCGGUACCUGGCUGUGGUGGAUCCCUUGUCAUCACUGAGAACUCAGACGAAAAGCUGCGGAAAACUGUUGAGUCUGGCCAUUUGGGUGUGCAGCGUGUUAGUUGUGGUCCCCGAGAUUAUUUUUACCCAUGUAAUACCUCACAAUGGCAAACAGUACUGCGACUACGAAGAGGCGUCUAUUUGGAAGCUGGUGGAGUUGGGCCAGCAAUCUGCCUUCUUCCUAUUUUCCUUCGUGAUCAUUGCAUUUUGUUACAUAAGGAUGCUUAAGAUCCUGCUUCGACAGCGGUCUCAAAGGAGGCACCGGACCGUAAGGCUCAUAUUUGCUAUAGUGCUGGUCUUUUUCCUGAGCUGGGCACCUUAUAAUGUGCUUGGUUCUGUGUACGUUUUGUCCUCUCAGAGGUACAUUGACCUACCCUGCGAACCGUACAGGCAGGUUUUCUUUGCCUUCGACAUCAGCCGCAAAAUAGCCUAUGGCCACUGCUGCCUCAACCCGGUGCUCUACGUCUUCGUCGGAGUGAAAUUCAGAAGGCACCUGAAACUCCUGUACAAGCAUUAUUCCCCUUGCCACAGCAGGAUCCCACCUUCCAGCCCCAGAGCUCAUUCUUUUCACAUGAGCCCCUACGAGGAUGCAUCAAUGUACUGAAGCAAAGGACGCCUGAAAGAGGGAGAGUCUAACUGACCCAGCCAGCCUAACAAAUUAGAUGAAUG